AGAAGUCGUUAUCUGUUUAGUUAUCAAGUCAGUCGCUGUAUAUUGUCGCUCUGUUCAAAUCAGUAGCAAAAUAAUAUUAGAGAGAGAUACAUGGAUUUCACGGGGAAGGUGGCUUUAGUGACGGGCGGAAGUUCAGGCAUAGGAGCAGCGUCGGCUAAGAUACUAGCCACUCAUGGAGCACAACUCGCUUUGGUCGGGAGAAAUGAGCAACGACUGAAUGAAGUUGCAAAGUUAUGUUACAACGCGAAAGGUCUACAACCUCUACAGUUGAGAAUGGAUCUGACAGAAGACGGAAACUGUCAGAAGGCUGUUGAGAAAACAGUUCAGAAAUUUGGAAGACUUGAUAUUUUAGUAAACUCUGCAGGAAAGUACGCUAUUGGAUCCCUUCUGGAUGAAACUACAGAAGUAUUUGACGAAUUAACAAAACUGAACCUUGGAGCCACUUACAAAAUGACACAUUUUGCAAUACCACACCUGGUGAAGACGAAAGGCAAUAUUGUAAUCGUAACAGCGGCCCAGUACGAGAAGAUCAGACACGGUUUCGUGGCUUUUUCGACCAUAAAUGCUGCACUAAAUAAAUUCACCAAAAUCUCUGCAGUCGAAUUAGCUACUUUAGGAGUGAGAAUCAAUUCUGUGUCCAUAACAGUGACUAGAACUAACAUAUUAUCAAACAUUAAUAUCGAAAGUCAAGAAGAACGGGAAUCUGUAUACAGGGUGAUUGAAAGUCACAAUAAUAUGAAAAUAUUGGAUCCCGAAGAAGUAGCCAAAAUGGUUGUUUUCAUUGCUAGCAAUUUAUGUCCGAGUAUGAACGGAGCAAAUGUGUGCAUAGAUAGUGCAGCGACAUCUAGGUAGUGAGUGGACAUUUGAUUAGGAAUAAGUAAUUAUAUGAUAGUGAUCGUUACAAUAUUAUAUUUAAAUAAAAUAUUUUUGCUUUUACUUUUAUAAA